AUGGCCCUGGAGCAGGCGCUGCAGGCGGCGCGGCAGGGCGAGCUGGACGUGCUGAGGUCCCUGCACGCCGCCGGGCUGCUGGGCCCCUCGCUGCGGGACGCGCUGGACGCGCUGCCCGUGCACCAUGCGGCCCGCGCCGGCAAGCUGCACUGUCUGCGCUUCCUGGUGGAGGAGGCAGCCCUGCCCGCCGCGUCCCGGGCGCGCAACGGCGCCACGCCAGCCCACGACGCCGCCGCCACCGGCCACCUGGCCUGCCUGCAGUGGCUGCUCUCGCAGGGCGGCUGCAGAGUGCAGGACAAAGACAAUUCUGGUGCCACAGUUCUGCAUCUGGCUGCCCGCUUCGGCCACCCCGAGGUGGUGAGCUGGCUGCUGCGUCAUGGCGGUGGGGACCCCACCGCGGCCACAGACACGGGCGCCCUGCCUGUCCACUAUGCUGCCGCCAAAGGAGACUUCCCCUCCCUGAGGCUUCUCGUCGGGAGCUACCCUGAGGGAGUGAAUGCCCAGACCAAGAACGGUGCCACGCCCCUGUACCUGGCGUGCCAGGAGGGCCACCUGGAGGUGACGCAGUACCUGGUGCAGGAGUGCGGCGCGGACCCGCACGCGCGCGCCCACGACGGCAUGACCCCGCUGCACGCGGCCGCGCAGAUGGGCCACAGCCCGAUCAUCGUGUGGCUGGUGAGCAGUACCGACGUGAGCCUGUCGGAGCAGGACAAGGAUGGCGCCACGGCCAUGCACUUCGCGGCGAGCCGCGGCCACGCCAAGGUGCUCAGCUGGCUCCUGCUGCACGGCGGCGAGAUCUCGGCGGACCUGUGGGGCGGGACCCCGCUGCAUGACGCCGCCGAGAACGGGGAGCUGGAGUGCUGCCAGAUCCUGGUAGUGAACGGCGCGGAGCUGGACGCCCGCGACCGCGACGGGUACACGGCCGCCGACCUGUCGGACUACAACGGCCACAGCCACUGCACCCGCUACCUGCGCACCGUGGAGAAUCUGAGCGUGGAGCACCGCGUGCUGUCCCGGGACCCGUCCACGGAGCUGGAGGCCAAGCAGCCCGACUCGGGCAUGUCCUCCCCCAACACCACCGUGUCGGUGCAGCCGCAGAACUUCGACCUCAGCUCGCCUACCAGCACCCUCUCCAACUACGACUCCUGCUCCUCCGGCCACUCCAGCAUCAAGGGCCGCCGCCCUCUGCUUGGGCUCCCCAGCGCAGGAGCUGCCGACAUUCAGAGCUACAUGGACAUGCUGAACCCGGAGCUGGGCCUGCCUCGGGGCAAGAUGGGGAGACCACCACCCCCACCGAGUUUCCCUCCACCUCUGCCCCCCCUCGGCACCCAGCUGCCUCCACCCCCACCACCGGGCUACCCAGCUCCCCAGCCUCCUGGGGGGCUCCAGGCAGCUGACAUCUACAUGCAGACCAAGAGCAAGCUUCGCCACGUGGAGACCGAGAGCCUCAAGAAGGAGCCGAGCUCCCGCGACGGCCACAACGGACUGCGGAGGCAGGACUCCGGCCGCAAGCCCCGCGCCUUCAGCAAGCAGCCCAGCACGGCGGACUACUACCGUCAGCUGGGCCGCUGCCCCGGGGAGCCGCCGGCCGCGCGCCCGGGCAUGGCGCACAGCGAGGAGGCGGCGCUGCUCCCCGGGAACCACGUGCACAACGGCUGCGCCGCGGACCCCAAGGCUGCCAGGGAGCUGCCGCCGCCGCCGCCGCCGCCGCCCCUGCCCGAGGCCCUGAGUUCGCCGCCGCCUGCUCCGCCUCUGCCGCUCGAGGGCGCGGGCCCGGGCUGCGGGCAGCGUCGCUCCUCCUCGUCCACAGGCAAAGUGAGAGUCCUGAGGCACAGGAAGAGCACCAAGUCUUUCAAUAUGAUGUCCCCGACGGGCGACAACUCGGAGCUGCUGGCUGAGAUCAAGGCCGGCAAGAGCCUGAAGCCGACGCCGCAAAGCAAGGGGCUGACCACGGUGUUCUCGGGCAGCGGGCAGCCGGCCUGCCAGCCAGACUCGCCGCCGCUGCCACCGCCGGUGCCGCCUGCACCAUCACGGGCUCGGAGUCCCACUCCGCCAGCCACGGGGCCCCAGCCACUGCUCAAUGGCAGCGUGGUGCCCGCGCCACCUGCCACCCCUGCACCAGGCGUGCAGCUAGACGUGGAGACUCUCAUCCCCACGCAUGACGAGCAAGGCCGGCCCAUCCCCGAGUGGAAGCGCCAGGUGAUGGUGCGAAAGCUGCAGCUGAAGAUGCAGGAGGAGGAGGAGCACAGGCGGAAGGAAGAGGAGGAAGAGGCGCGGCUGGCCAGCCUGCCUGCCUGGAGGCGUGAGCUCCUGCGGAAGAAGCUGGAGGAGGAGAGGGAGCAGAAGCGCAAGGAGGAAGAGCGGCAGAAGCAGGAGACGAUCCGGCGGGAGAAGGAGCAGUCGGAGAAGCUGCGCACGCUGGGCUACGACGAGACCAAGCUGGCGCCCUGGCAGCGACAGGUCAUCCUCAAGAAGGGGGACAUCGCUAAGUAA